GCCUUCCAUGAAUGGCGGCGGCUGCGAUGUACGGCCUGGCGCAAGGCCAACGGACUUCCUGCAAAGCAUUACGGUCAUUCGGUGUGCUUCCGCGCCUGGCAGCAGCGAACUCGGCGGCUGCGGGAUUUACGGAUGUGGCUGCCCAAAGAGGUCCGGGGACCUGCUGAGCGGCAUCACGGCCACGGCCUGGCUCUCUGCGCCUGGCGCCGGCGCGUCCGGCACCAGCGCAACGUUCGGGGCGUGCUUCUGAAGGAGGUCGCCACCUCUGAGGACGGCCUGCGGCGGUUGGUGCUUGCGGCCUGGUCCGUGCGGCUAAGGCACCGGCAGGGUCGGCGACGGGGGGUGUCGGCAGCCGACCGAAUAGCAGUGAAGCUCCUGGCACAUCAGGGUCGUGCCUUGAAGGCUGUGGUGCUCCACGGUUGGUGGCUGAGCAACCUUGUCCGUAGACAUGGCGGCCGAGACAGGUUUCACCUUGGCUUGCAAAAGCUGCAGCGCUGGCGAGCAUACAGUGAGCGCGCAGCAACAGGGACGGCAUUGUCGGCUGCACUUACGCUCGGCGCCGGUGAGGCUCUCGGCGAGACGCAGCGCAAGCACUUCCUGUCGGCGCGGGCUUUCCAAGAGUGGUGCCGAGCGCUUACCGAGUCGCGGGAAUCUGCACUUUUCCAUCGCAAGAUCGACAUGCGGAAGGCGCUCCUGCAACGUGUGGCAACCAUCUGGGCACAAGACGAGGCGUCCACGCUGCUUCGUACCUCCUUCGACCUCUGGCACUCCACGCAGAUCUUCUUGGCUGUGGCCCCAGCUAUUAGGUCCUUGUGCGCGGCACCCCACUGUCCAGGAGUUCACACGUGGCACACAGUCACUGCAAUGCGAGGGAUCUGGAAGGCUGAGCUCUCAGGUAUCAAUGAGGGGUCGGCUGCGGAAUUCUACUCGCACAACUGCUCCAGCUUGUCAACAUUCGAGAUUGAGCCUGCUGCUAACACCAGCUUCGGCUUCGAGUUCGGGCCAGGUGCCGAUUUCGACAUUGCAUACACCCUUACAGUGGUGAGAAGCAGUGCGGAGCCCUUGAAUCUACUGAGCCCUUCCAGCCAAGAUCAGCACUCUGGGCGGCUCAUGGAGAAGUCAGCCUCAAAGAAGGACUGUGAAGACGACACCGACGGUUGUUUGCUGCAGCUAGCUGCAAGCUCUGUUACCACUUUCACCAGCAUGGCUUGUGUCUUCGUCAUCACAGCCAAAGGGCCGGCGCAGCCUGAUGUUCGUGUGGAAACAUUCAACGGCGCCAUUUGCCGCUGGCAGGUGAAUCCGGGAUAUGGCGAGAAUUAUGAGGUGGAUUUUAAGCCAAACUGA